UUGUUCGCUAAGAAAACACACAUGUUGUUUAACAUUACUCGAUAUCUCAUUUCCGAACGGUCAGCAAAUCUCCGUGAAUAAAUUUAGAUAACAUCUAGAAUUAGCAAAUGAAAGUUGUGUGAGAAAAAAUAGUGAAAAGAAAAAAAAUGUCGGCGAUCAACCAACAGAUGAACUUGUUUUCUAUGACGAGAAUGGCUUUAACUAUGGGUCCAGGAUUGGGAUUUCUCCUAUACUUACAUUCUAGCACUAUGAACUCGAGGCCUGACAUCAUAGAUAGAGAACACCGAGUGAGAGAUAUUCCGAACUAUCGAGUUUUGGAAACGUAUGAUUUUAUUAUAGUUGGUGGUGGAAGUGCGGGGACAGUAUUAGCGAAUAGAUUGAGCGAAAAUCCUUUCUGGAAUAUUCUCCUUCUAGAAGCCGGACCCGACGAAAUAUCCAUAACGGAUAUGCCACUUUUGUUUCCAGCUCUGCAAAUGACGCCUUUUGAUUGGCAGUACCGUACUGAACCAGGCAGCAAGUACUGCUUGGGUUUCAAGGACAAAAGGUGCAAUUGGCCUAGAGGAAGAGUCUUGGGAGGUUGUUCGGUGUUGAACGCAAUGUUGUACAUUCGAGGAAAUAGAAGGGAUUAUGACAGGUGGGAAGCUCUCGGUAAUCCAGGAUGGGGGUAUGAUGAGAUUUUGCCUUACUUCAAGAAGUCAGAAGAUAUGAGAAUACCGGAACUCAAAGAUGAUGAAUAUCACGGAACUGGUGGAUAUUUGACUGUAGAACAUUUCCGGUACCAUUCGCCAAUAGUUGAAUGGUUUUUGGAAGCAGUUCAAGAAAUGGGCUAUGCAGUUCGUGAUGUGAACGGAGAAUAUCAAACCGGCUUCACGUUAUCCCAUGGCACUCUUAGAGAAGGGCUACGUUGCAGUACCGCUAAGGGAUUCAUAAGACCGGUUGCGAAAAGACCAAAUUUGCAUGUCAGUCUUCAUUCACUGGUAGAAAAAAUUUUGGUGAACAAGGACACAAAACAAGCUUACGGAGUCGUUUUCAACAAGUUUGGGACUCGAAAAACUGUGUACUCGGACAGAGAAGUGAUCCUCAGUGCUGGUUCUUUGGCAAGUCCUCAGCUUCUGAUGUUGUCUGGAAUAGGGCCUCGAGAUCAUUUGGAAGAUAUCGGCAUUGACGUUUUGUUAGAUUCUCCUGGAGUGGGAUUUAAUCUACAG